AUGCUGUUUUCAUUAUGUGGAUUCACUAGAGAAAUGACUACCUUUGAUCAGCCAAGUAAAAUAAAAAACUUGUUUGUUUGCUGCCUGUGCCCCUCACGGGUGCUGAGGAUUUGGACUUGCAGGCGGCCAAGGACAAGGAGGAAUCUGCUAGUGGGCACUGUGUGUGUGAUCUACCUGGGAUUCCUCAUCAGUCAAGUGGGUCAUGUUUUACCCCAGCACAGAGGAAGACACCAAAAGAUAAGUUCCAGAAGUCUCCAAGAUGCAGCCCAAACUCCUUUUCUGGGCAUCCCACUGGAUGGCACCCUGUCACCACCCAAUUUCCAGGAACCCCAGCUUGGUAACAAUGGGACCUUGCUGCCACCCAAUGUAGUUUAUAUCACCCUGCGAUCCAAGCGCAGCAAGCCUGCCAAUAUCAGAGGUACAGUGAAGCCAAAGCGCAGGAAGAAACAUGCAACCCCUUUGUCUUACAGGCAGCACUUUCCAAAAGCCACUUUUACAGGCUGGGAAGAGUCCUUUGCCCAACAGGCUGGGCGGGCCACACAUGCUGUGGGCACAAGGGAAGCAGCAAUAGCUCUGGAGGUGAGAAAGCAGCAGCUGGAUGAACACAGACAAAAUGGAAUGGCAAUCAGGGAGAGGGGACACUGGAGACCUGAGGGGAUUCCUAUAAAGGUGCAGCCUCUACCUGAGGAGAGCAAUAUCAGGAUUUACAGUGAGAGCUCUCCCUCAUGGCUGAGCAGAGAUGACAUCCAAAACAUGCGCAUGCUGGCAGAUUCUCAGAUAGAGAGCAUCCAAGAAGUACCUUCUCACAAAGCAGUCCUGGUAGUAUUUGCCAGAGGUCCCAGCACCAGAGGAACUGCUUGUAAUCAGAGACACUGUGGCAUCAUCAAAAGACCCCUCGACAUGAGUGAAGUGUUUGCCUUUCAUUUGGAUAGGAUCUUGGGGCUAAACAGGAGCUUACCUUCUGUAAGCAGGAGAUUGGAGUUCUUCCAAGAUGGUCAAGCCUGUCCUGUUAUUCUCUGGGAUUCCUCACUGAGUCCAACAGAUAAUAACACCCACUCUUCAGUGAGAUUAACCUGGGGGCAGUAUCAGCAGCUAUUGAAGCAGAAGUGCUGGCAGAAUGGUAAAGUUCCCAAAGCUGAGUGGGGCUGUACUGAGGUCCAUCAUCAUGAGUGGUCCAAGAUGGCACUCUUUGAUUUUCUUCUGCAGAUCUACAAUCGGCUAGACAGAAACUGCUGUGGAUUCAAACCUCUCAAGGAAGAUUCCUGCAUGCAGCAAGGACUGAAGCUGAGAUGUAGUGAUCAGGAUGCUGUUGAACUGACACACAUAGUUCAGAGAAGGCAUGACCGAAGGCACUUAGCCUUUAUAGACAAUAAGGGUUUCUUUGACAGAAACGAAGACAAUCUUGACUUCAAAAUACUGCAAGGAAUCAAUGAAUUCCCUGAGUCUGCAAUUUCGGUGCUGAGAAGCCAGCAUUUACGUGAGAAGUUGCUUCAGUCUUUGUUCCUCGACAAAAUAUACUGGGAGAGCCAAGGAGGCAGAAAAGGAAUUGAAAAACUUAUUGAUGUAAUAGAGAGGAGAUCAAAAAUUCUUCUCACUUAUAUAAAUGCACAUGGAGCCAAAGUGUUGCCCAUGAAUGAGUGA